AUGGCAACAAUGGAAAACCAGGCAUAUUAUAAUGUUCAAAAUAAUCAAUGGUACAAGAACUCGAAAGCUUACAGGAAGAGCUCCCAGAGGAAAGCUAGAAGAUUUGAAUACUCUUCUGAGUAUCCUCGCGCAAUGAUAGUUAUUGAUGGAGCAUAUUUUGAACAGUGUACCUCUUCAUUUUUGAACCAACAAUUUUCCAUUGACUUAUUCUCAUGUGAUUCACCCACUGAUUUGAUCUGAAGCUUUGUCGAAUCAAUUGAGGACAUAACCAGUUGCACACUAGAUCAUAGGGUCUUUGUAUCCUCUCUCUUUGAGAAAGAGAUGGGAAGCAAGAAGCUCAGAGAAGAUCAACUAUCCAUGGUUGAUGUCCUGUCUAAUGACUGAAAAUUCCAAAUCGAUCUCAGAGAGUUCAAGAAUAUGAACGUCUAUUGAACUAAUAAAAAGUGAUCGAACUCCUGUAGCCCGAUAAGGAGGAAAGUUCAGGCAGAAGUCGAUGUAGCUAUUGCCUCCACGAUUCUAUCCAAAGCAUUCAAAAAUGAAUUCGAUGUCUUGAUUGUGAUCACUGGUGACAGAGACUUCAAAGACUGUUUUGAUAAAGUCAUCAAAGAAGCCAGAAAGCCAGUCAAGAUCAUUAGCUUUCAGAACACCUUUUGGAAGGGUUACUUAAAAUUUCAUCCAAAGCUAGAAGUAAUCUCUGGAGAGAAGAUUUGGAAGAGAGCAAUUGGCAAGUGACUUAACUCUAAAGCCUCAUAUUGUUCCUAUACCAGGCACUCAAGAUAUAAUGCUGAAUACUAUCAAGGAGAGUUUGCACAGAAGGGCAAUAAGAAGAACAGGAAUUACUCUCGACAUAAAUUUGGAAGAAUUCAGAAUAAGAAAUCAGAUCUUUCUGAGAAAUCUAACUGCAACUUACCUUCGAUGAAGCCUCCGAUUGAGCGUGGAAUUAAACUGUCAUCAUCAAGCCCAGCUUUAGUUCUUGACAAUCCUGAUUCAUUAGGAUCACCGAAAUAUAAAGAUUCAACUAAAGAUGAAACAGCUGAAAAAUCUAGUGUCCAAAAGACUGCUACCACCUACUUUGAGGAAGUAGACCUUGCCAGUAAGGCCAAGAUACUCGAGCUGUGCAAUGGUGACGAUUUUAAAGCCGAAAUGGCUCUUUUCAUUAACGAUAAUAACCUAGAGAAGGCUAUCAACUAUCUACAAAGUUAACUUUUUUACUAA